ACAGACGGCAUGGGCCACUGCAAUCCCAAGGGAACUAACAUGGAGAAGCAAGUUAUUUUCCUACUUUUGACAACGUCCUUCGCGUGUGGGAAAGCAAGUACUCUGGAUGACAGAAUUAUAGGAGGAACGAAUGCUACAAUAGAAGAAUUUCCUUACCAGGCGUCCCUGCAGGUGAGGAACGCCUCGGGGGAGGCGCCGCUAUACAAGCACCUCUGCGGCGCCGCCGUCAUCGGCCGCAACUGGCUCGUCUCAGCGGCGCACUGCAUCCAGAGUCGGUACGCCUCCAAGCUGGUGGUCAGAGCCGGGACUACGAACAGGUACGAAGGAGGGUCGCUGCAUCACGUCGUGAACGUAAUCAAACAUCCGGACUACGACGUGGAAAUUGACUACGACUGCGACAUCUCUCUGCUGAAGGUGAAAGAACCAUUCGUGUACAGUACCAGAAUUCAGCCGAUACUUCUGCCCGAAGCGGAUUCCGACGUGGCCUGCGGUACGUUGGCGACAGUGGCCGGCUGGGGAAAUUCUGAGUUGCAGGAGGGCGACGCGGCGCGCGACCGGCUGAGGCAGGUGUCCGUGCCGGUGGUGAGCGAGGCCGAGUGCCGCGCCGUGUACGGAGAGGACUUCGUCACGGACAACAUGCUGUGCGCCGGCUGCGAGUGGGGCGGCAAGGACGCCUGCCUGGUACCCGCGCGGACCCCCGGGGCCGAAGAGCACGAGGACCUAAUUCGAGAGCUCGACGGCCGAAUAGUGGGAGGGACGCCUGCGACUAUAGAGGAGUACCCCUACCACGUGUCCCUCCAGGUGUCGUACCUGGGCGGAGCGCUGCUGUCGCACCUGUGCGGCGGCUCGCUCAUCGCCGAGUCGUGGGUGCUGACCGCUGCGCACUGCACCGUCAAUUACGCCCCGUCGUCUCUGGCGGUGCGGGCCGGCACGGCGAGCCGCUACACUGGAGGCGUCCUCCGUCGGGCGGCGGCCAUCUUGGAACACCCGCGCUACGGCGUGGGCGCCACCUACAACAAUGACGUGUCGCUGAUCAGGGUGGACAGCCCCUUCCAGCUGGCCCCAGGCAUCCAGCCCGCGCGCCUGGCCGAGGAGGGCGCAGUGAUCGCCGAGGGCUCCUACACCAGCGUGGCCGGCUGGGGGGCGACCGCGUCCGGCGCCCCGGGAGUGGACGACCUCCUUCACGUCCAAGUGCCCGUGGUGUCCAGAGAGGUGUGUCGGGCGUCGUACGGGGCGCGCGCAAUCUCCGACAGCAUGCUGUGCGCCGGGUACCUGUCCGGCGACAAGGACUCCUGCCAGGGCGACUCCGGGGGCGGCCUGACACAGGACGGCGUGCUGGUGGGGGUAGUGUCCUGGGGCCGCGGCUGUGCGCUGCCCGGCUACCCGGGGGUCUACGCCCGCGUGGCGGCCCUGCGCGGCUGGCUGACCCGCGUCUCCGGGGUGUAGGCCCCCCGGACCCCUCGCCCCGUCAACACGUCGCUGUCAACUAACCACACCGAUAGAAAGUUUUGUUUGCCUCUACCAAAUAUUUGUUCGUAUACGGCGAGACAAAUGCAUUUUACUAAUUCAAAACAAACAUUUUGCAGUAGGAAAGAUUCUGUUGACCCAACAAAAUGAUUUUGUCGACUCAAAUGUGUAUUUGGUUAGGCGUAACAAAUCAUUUUUGUUACUCGCCGAGUUUGGUUAAGCUAACAAAAUAUUUCGUUCCACCAAGUAAAUAUUUGUUUCGCCAUAUAUAAACAAAUAUUUGUUUGAUUCAAACAAACCUUUUUUCUCUGUGCACCUUGCAAAUAAACCACCUUGCGGCACGUAUCGACACACUUGUCUUUUUUUUAUUUGUAAUGUGCACUUUGCAAAUAAACCACCUUGCGGCACGUAUCGACA